UGAGCUUCGGAGUGAAACUUCCUCCUCUGGGCAACAUCUGUGAGGAAAUCAAUGUUGCCCCCCUUUCCAUUUCUUGUCUCAUUCUGGGGGAUGUUAGGAGGGGAGGAUUUGUAGACAGAAAUCUCAAACUAAACGUCACUUCUAGAUCUGAUAGUCAUUGAUUCAACGGGACCUGAAUAUCAUCAUUCCUUGAAUCUACAAGCAGAAAUGUCGGUUGGUCUGUUCUGUCUGAUUCGAAGGUUUUAAACAUGAGGAUGACAGGAAAAGCACCGAGACGCACACACCUGAGUGAGAGUCUUCGAGUACACUGACUGUGGAGAGAGCUUUACCCAGUUACACAACCUGAAGAAACAUCAUAUCAUUCGCAGCAGAGAGAGACGUUGUGUGGACGAAGUUACAACUGAUCCUCGACCCUGGAGACACACCUGGAUUCCCACACCAUGGAGAAACCAUGGAAAUGUGGGGACUGUGAGAAGGGAUUCCGUUCCCCGUCUGUGCUGGAAACUCAUCGACGCAUUCACACUGGGGAGAGGCCAUUCACUUGCCCUGAGUGUGGGAAGGGAUUCAUUCGGUUAGCCACCCUGCAGACACACCAACGGGUUCACACUGGGGAGAGACCAUUCACCUGUUCUGAGUGUGGGAAGGGGUUCACGCAAUUAUCCCACCUGCUGAUACACCAGCGAGUUCACACCGGGGAGAGACCGUUCACCUGCUCCCAUUGUGGGAAAGGAUUCUGCGAUUCAUCCACCCUGCUGACACACGAGAGAGUUCACAGUGGGGAGAAACCAUUCACCUGCUCCGUGUGUGGGAAAGGAUUCGCUCAGUCGUCUAACCUGCUUUCACACCAGCGAGUUCAUACUGGGGAGAGGCCAUUUAACUGCUCUGUGUGUGGGAAGGGAUUCACUCACUCAUCCAACCUGGUGACGCACCAGCAAGUUCACUCUGAGGUGAGGCCGUUCACUUGCUCCGUUUGUGGGAAGGGAUUCAGUCACUCAUCCAACCUGCUGAGACACCAGCAAGUUCACUCUGGGGAGAGGCCGUUCACCUGCUCGGAGUGCGGGAAGGGAUUCAGUGAUUCAUUCACCCUGCUGACACAUCAGCGCGUUCACACUGGAGAAAGGCCGUUUACCUGCUCCGUGUGUGGGAAGGGAUUCACUCAGUCAUCCAACCUGCUGACACACCAGCGACUUCACACUGGGGAGAGACCGUUCACCUGCUCCGUGUGUGGGAAGGGAUUCGCCCGGUUAUCCAACCUGUUGAGACACCAGCGAGUUCAUAAGUGACCACAGGGGUUGGAUUCUUCUGUUAUUGUUGCUGUUAGUCACAUCCAGGACUAAACCAUGUUCAUUCUGACACUUGGUGAAGUGGGAAGGUCGGAAGGUUUCCUUCUGAUGGACUGGCCGGUCUCACAACUUUGCUUCCAGUGGACUCUUUGAGCCUGGGAGUGCACAUUUCCACUGAAAUGAUCCACAAAAGCUGUUGAACUACAUUUAUUUUAUACUGGAUAGUAAAUAAUGCUUUUCCUACCACUAUAGGUAGAUUUGAGAUAAAUACGUGUCUCUGUUCCAUUGAGUCUACAGCACGGGGCUAGGCCAGUCGGCUCAGUUGGUCUCUGUCUGUACUUUUGCUCCACAUGAGCCACCACCGACCCCUCUUCCUCUCACUCCAUCAGCAUAUCCUUCUAUUCCUGUCUCCCUCAUGUAUGUAUCUAGCUUCUCCUUAAAUGUAUUCAUGCUAUUCGCCUCAACCACUCGCUGUGGUAGUGAGUUCCACAU